AGUGCACAGCCAUUACGACAUAAAGAAACGGUUAUCUUUUUACUCUGUUGCGCGUUAUGUACGAUUAUUUUAAUAGCACUGGCAAAGACAGAGAUCAAAACGUUUGACUGAGUAAAUCUCCAUGACUGUCACCUUCUGCAGUCCUCGGGAUCCGACCGAGAAGCGCCAAACAUUAUCAUCAGCAUCAGUGUCUGUUUACAUCUGGACCGUAUUUGAUAUAGAAAGUUAUCUAGGUAGUUAAGUUGAUAUCAUGCUGGGCGAUGCUUUUGGACAUCGAUUUGAAUCCAGCGUUGAGAAUAAAGCAGUGAAGAUAAGCAAAUCCAAACAAGCGCUCUUGAAGAAAAGAGGACACAGAAACGUGCACAGUAAACCUAACAAAGCAUCAGGAAACAUCAACAAAAGCAGCUGUAAACCUCCUUUAGCCACCCAUGAAGAGCCCAAACCAGCUCAAUCUAAACCAGCAACGAAUAAACAGCAGCUGAAGUUAAAAACCGAAAGUGCUGAACGAGGGAUCCAGCCCAGCAGACCGCCUGUCCACAGCUCGAGCCGGCUUGAGCAAACCACCGACAACCUGAACAAACGGAGACAGUGGAGCAAGCAAAGAAACGCAUCAGACAACACUCAGCAUCCCAAACGACAGGAGAACCCCACAUACAUGGGAAAGAGCACAGCUGAGGGCCUCAGGAGGGUGAACGUUUGCCCUCCUGAGCUCUCGUCAGAGACAGAGAAGACAUAUGCUGGUGCUAAAUUCAGCGAGCCUCCCUCGCCCAGCGUCCUCCCCAAACCUCCCAGCCACUGGGUGGGAGAACGUGCUCUUCAGCAUACGGCCGUACAGCAGCACUGCAGCAAAGAGCAGAUGUCUGUGCACCUCAAAACCUUGUUGAAGGUGCAAGCAGAACCCUGAGCUGAAAAAAUGGGACACUUUAGGAAAUAAUACGGACUGGUAACAUCUUGUUGAGAAGAACUUCUGAAAUUUGCAGUUGUUUAGGAAAGCAGCUGUGAGUUAAAGGGAUCAUUCAACACAAAAUGAAAAUGCUGUCAUCAUUUACUCAUUCCAAACCUGUGGAACAUAAAAGAGGAUAUUCUAAUAAAUGUUGAGAACCAAACAGUUUUGGUUACCACUGACUUCCACUGAAUGGACUAAAUGUUCCUAAAUGUUCCUAAACGUUCCACAGAAGAACGAGAGUCAUACAGGUUUGGAAUGACAAGGAAGAGUAUAUGAUGAUAGAAUUGACAUUUUUGGGUAAACUGUUCCUUUAACGAAAGUGAGUACAAUUGAGACAUUUAAUGUGUAUAUUUUUUCAUGUUAAUUUACCUGAAAAGUAAAUUUAGUUUUGUUACUGAAGCUUAUAUUCCUGUAUCACGAUUUAUUUGCAUUCAUCUACAGUAACACUGGUAAGUGUAACAUUUUGCACAAGAAUGACAAGUGUUUGAGAUAUUUAAGAGAGAUUUUCAGGAGGUGCUGCUUUUCAGAACAUGGACAAUCACCAUGAGGAACUGGACUGUAAGAAAUUGCUGGUAUCUUUUUUUCACUGUGGACAGUAAACAACUACUUAUGUCAGUCUUUGAGUAAUGAUAUAUCUAUUUCAGUUGCACAGUUUGUUUGUAAUUGUGUAAAGAAUGUACCAUUUUUUAACAGAGCCCUGUGCAUGACAUAAAGGAAAAAUACAUAUUAUGGCCACUAACUGAGAAUUUGUUUCCUUGUAAAUUGUGGCUGUGUUGUACUAAUUUGUUCCCUUAUUGUAAUUACAUCAAAAGAAGGGAACACAUUAAUUCAACUUAGUCAUGAUUUACUACAAAGAGGGAACAAUUAAUAAAAAUAAGGGAACGGAUUCUUAAUCCGUGGCCUCGAUGAGUUUGUUUUUGCAUGUCAUGUGCAGGGCUCUUUUGCACAUGUGUUAGUGUUGGUAUACUUGAUUUUAAAUUCUUUAUAACUCAUUUUCUCACUGCAUUUCAACUUCGUCUGCAUCAGUUCAGAAAGAAAAAACAAGUGGAUACAAUAAUCAUUUUUAUCUUUUUAUUCUGUACAUAAUGAAAUAAAGAUUUUUGGCCCCA